ACAUUCAUUCAAACUAAUUUCUAAGUUCAAGUAUAUACCCAGUUCAAAGUUCUUUGAUUUAGCAAACUGCCUUCAAUUAAUCCGGGUUUCUUCAUGAAGAUCACAUACGAUGCAGCUUCUUCUUCUUCUUCUUCUUCUUCCUCUUCUCCAAUUACAGUAUUGGAGGAAAAGCCUAGUUCAACUUCACCAAAAAAAUCAGCUUUAGGAAGAUUACGUAGUAAAUUGUCUCCAAGGAGAGAGGAGGAUAAGCGUUCUCUUUCACCAACUGCUUCCAACGCAAGCAAAAACUACUGCAGCGAGCUUCAAAGGGUGUUCGAUUACUUUGACGAGGAUGGAGAUGGUAAAAUAUCUCCUUCUGAAUUACAAAGCUGUGUGAGGACUGUUGGCGGAGAGCUGUCAAUGGAUGAGGCAGAAGCAGCCGUGAAAACAUGUGAUUUGAAUGGAGAUGGGCAGCUGGAUUUCGAGGAAUUCCAGAAGCUAAUGGAAGCAGGAGGAGAGGAGGACAAGAAUGAGGAGCUGAGAGAGGCUUUUGGAAAGUAUGAGAUGGAGGGGUCAGGUUGUAUCACCCCCACAAGCUUGAAGAGGAUGCUGAGUCGACUCGGUGAGUCCAAGUCUACUGAGGAUUGCGAAACCAUGAUUCGAAUGUUUGAUCUCAAUGGAGAUGGCGUCCUGAGCUUUGAUGAGUUCCAAACUAUGAUGCGCUAAUUCAUAUUCCAUUGCUGCUAAUCGAGAUUAUUUGUCCGUUUCCUUCAAUGAUUCAUUGUUCUUCACUUCAUUCUUUUCAUCUUUUGUCAGUUACAUAUAUAUUUGUAAAGAAAUUCAGAUUCCACCAA